GACAACUGCUGCCAGUCGACGAUGGACGACUAUGGCGGCUCUUGGGAAGCGGCGCUGGCCUCGCGCUCUCGCCCGCCGAGCGUGUCGAUGACGACGUAUGUGAACGACCAGAUCCUCGUGUACACUGCGCGCAUGCUGGCAGCGACGUCCGGCGGCAGAGUCUACAACUCGUCCAACGUGCAUUCAACGCUCGUCGCGCCGUCACCCAACUUUGACCUCAAGAAGGCCGCGAGCCGUAUCGUCCAUGCGCUCAAGCGCCAUCCUGCGGUCGUCUCGGCUGGCACUGUCGGCGGCCACUGGUGCUGCAAGGCCGCGCCCAAGCCCCGCAGUAGCACGCCAAGCACGUCCAGCGUCGCGAGCCAGCCUUUGUCCUCAGUCACGUCGGUCGUUGUCCAGAAGUGCGUCGCGCAGUACGAAGAGCAGUUCAAGCCCGCGGUGCUCGACAUUACGGGCGCUGGCGGCUACGUCACCGAAGACAGCAUUCGGUCGCAGGUCCAAGCGAUGGCGCCGCUCGCACCGUGCGACGCGGUCGUCGCCGCCAUUGUUGUCGCGCUCGGCCGCGAUCCGCGCCUCCAGCAGCAAGUCGUUGCUGGCAAGACCACGAUCGUGUCGUCGCCGCGCUGUGAGGAGCCCGAGGUGCCACCCGCGGAGGCUGCAAUGGCCGCGCAGCUGGGCGCGCUCUUAUUACCGCAAGUGCUCGCCAGCGUCCUCGACGACAAGCCGUUCUACGUCUCGCAAUUGCGAACGGUACUCUCGCCCAUGGCCUCGGGGGCGAUCAGCGUCGAUGCGCUCGUGCUUGCCGUCGUCACUGUCGUACGGCGUGACGCGCGGCUGCAGUACGUCGACUCGCUCCCUGAGCCUUUCUUUAUGAAGCCACUCGCAGCGAUUCCGGCGCCGCGACUGCCGCUGGCGUCCACGCCGCCACGGGCGAUUCCUGAGUCCCAGCCGAAUACGUCGGGCUUGACGGACGCCAACCUUGCGACCGCCAUCGAGGCGUACGCCCACGCCAUGGAACGCUGGCUGCAGACCCACGACGAAGGCUGCGGCCACGCCGUCGUCUACUCGUGGAAGAUUAAACUGCCCUUUACGCUCCCGCGCGCCGUGGUCAAAAGCCACAUUCUGCCGGCUCUUGUGCAAGACCCCCGCUUCCGCCACCGCCCGAGCUACCUCGCCAACGUGUGCUUUGGUCGGCGCAGCGCGUCGGGCGACGCGACCGUCAGUGUCCACAACAUUGUCGACCAAGUGACGCCCUACUACCUCACAGCGAUGGUCUCAACGACGAAGAAGGGCAAGGCGUUUACCGAAGCCGACAUUCUCGGGCAGCUGCGCGUCCCGUCGCACGUGAGCGCGAAAGCGGUCCUCGCGGGCAUCCUCGAUACGCUCAAGCGCCACCCGGAAGUCACGAGCUCGGUUGUUGGCGGCCGGGUCUCGUUUUGCGCUUUGCGCGAGCCAAACACGCCGCCUCCCGCCCCCCCUUCGACGACCAAGAGAGCACCAACGACGACCAAGCUUCCGGCGAUAACGAAGCUGGACCCGACCCUGCAGCCCUACGUCGCCGCGCACGCGUCCGAGUACGUCGACGCCAUCCUCGAGUGGGUGGCCUCGGACAAUGCGUUCUACACGUCGUACAUUCGCGGCCAAGUACGCCCGACGCUGCCGGACGACGUGGACUUGGAUGCGGUCGUCGCUGCGAUCGUGCAGUCGCUUCGCCGCCACCCGAAACUGACCUACUCGGACGCCGACCCGACGCGUCCGUGCUUUGUCCGCGCCGGUGGCACCCCUCCUGCAUUGCCCUCGCCCAAGGCCAAUGCUACGUGGAAGAGCCCGUCGUCGGCCACGUCGUUCCGGAGCCGAUCCAGCUCUGGCGCUGAUUCUAGCAGCGAUGAGAGCAGCGACGACGAUAGCAACGACGCGGAGGAGAGUGCCACUCCUCUCCAGACUCUCACGACGCCCGACCCGCAAGCACCGGCGACUACCCAUUUCAUUUCCACGGUCCAUCAACUGCAUGACGCGAUCACGGCCCAUGGCAUUUUGCACAACCCGACACAGGCGCGGGUCAUGACGCUCUAUGCGUAUGGCACACUGCCGCAUGCACUCCUUGUCCUGGCCUUUACGGGUCAUACGCUGGUUCUCGACUGCGCCCAGAUCCCAGCGACUGCGUUGGCGCAUGCGCUGAGUCCGGCGCUCCAGUCGCCCAGUGUUACCAAGAUCGUCUACAACGCACACCCGUUUGCAGCUCUCUUCUCGGCCGUCGGCGAGAAUCGGCUCGCCUCUGUCAUUGACUUGGAGCUCCUCCUCGAGCACCAGACGUCGCGCUUCAGCGUCUCGUUUGCCGAGAUGCUCUCGGUCGUCGGACUGCCUGCGCACCCGCACCCGCGGUACCUCGACCGCCCCGACUUUUUGAACCACCGCCCACUGCUACCAGAAGCCACGCAAGCCGCGGCGGCGACGGUGCAGCUGCUGCUUCAAGCCUCAGACGUGCUCGCCAAGGCCAUUUUUGACAACAUAUCGCCGCUCAUGACCGCCUCCAACCAGCGAAUCCAUCAGGCCAUUGCUUGCGAUGGUCAGCGGUCGCUGUGCUUUGACGCGCAGCAGAAUCAGCGACUCGUCUCGACCGAGUACCUCCAGGCGUGGCGACCCCACGAUGUUGUUUCGAGUGCGCCAGUGGUGAUCCACGAAGACUUGGACGACAUUUUGGGGUUAUUGCCACCUGACCUCGCGGCGCCACUGCUCCAACCAGAGGUCAGCGCCAAGCUACUGGACAUUGUCUUGGACCUCGGACGCCGACCGUGGGCGUGGGUCAACGGCGCGCGUUUCUUUCUCGAUCCGAGUAACCACGACCGCGUCGUCACGAGAGACGACCUCGAUUCGAUCGUGGAGCGCGUCGGCGGCUUUGGCAGCGACAACCGCGCCGGCCUCGAGCGACAACUGCACCGUAUCUCGGCGAUUCGCAACCGCCAAGACAGGAUCAUCGCCCUUACGAUUCGCGUCGGCCGGUACAUUGAAGGCAACGCGGGCUUGAUCGCGGAUCUUCUGGCAAUGGAAGACAAGAACAUUCUCUUCCUCGGCGAACCAGGCUGCGGCAAAACCACCAUCGUCCGCGAAGUCUCUCGGCAGCUCGCCACCAAGUACAACGUCUGCAUCGUCGACACGAGCAACGAGAUUGCAGGUGAUGGCGACAUUCCGCAUCCGUGCGUGGGCCUGGCGCGGCGCAUGAUGGUGCCGUCGCUCGACGACCAAGCCGCUGUGAUGGUCGAGUGCGUCCAGAACCACACGCCCGAGGUUAUGGUUAUUGACGAGAUUGGUCGCCCGAACGAAGUCGAGGCCGCGCGUACGUGCAAGCAGCGUGGCGUGCGCAUCGUAGCCUCGGCGCACGGCGACCUCCGGAAGUUGCUCAAGAACAAGCCGCUGCGAGGUCUUGUGGGCGGCGUCGAGUCGGUGACGGUCGGCGACGCAUUGGCCAAGGAGAAGCAAACGAAGGAUGACAACGGUCCGCUGCGGAAGCUCUUGGCGCAGCGUGGUGGUGAGCCGAUCUUUGAGGUGGUUGUGGAGCUGCGUCGGGGGCAGUACAACGCGUGGCGCAUCGUGACGGACGCUGCGUCGGCGGUCGAUGGCAUUUUGGCCGGCGAGGUGUAUAAGGCGCAAGUGCGGACGCGGGCGACUGAUGGCCUCUACUACACCGAGAAGCAACUCUAAUGAAUUUUGAAUUCAUGCGAGCGCAGUUUUGACCUCCA